AUGGCCGUGGCAGAGUUGGAAAAGCAGGGAACCCAAGCUGAGCCUACCAGCUUACAGCUUAUUUGCCAUUAUCCAGGCAUAGAUGGAUGUGGUCUUGAUGCAAGAAGCAGCAGGUGUGGAAAUGGAGAGAAAGAGCCCAUCUUGAAAUCAGCAGUUUCUGACAGCAUCGCCAAGGCUGGCUCUGAAAAUAUACCAAAAGACUUUGAAAACCCUCUGGACUCCGGCUGUUUGUCUGCUGAGUACCUUGACCCUGUGAGUCUGAAGCACACGGAUAUGCCACGAGAGACAGAAAAUCAGCACGCAAAGGUGACCACUGGUGUUCUCCACCUUGGGGCUUGCACUGUUGUCGGCCUCUCCUGUGAGUUCCUGGGCCGGCUUUCAAGCUGUUGCCUCCAAUUUCCAAGACUUGCUGAGCUGCAGGGAGGAUUAACCUGCUUCUCCACGGUCACCUUCUCGGGAAGCACGAAAAAGUGCUGCAAGGGUUAUAAAUUUUUUCUUGGACAAUGUAUUCCAGAAGAUUACGAUGUUUGUGCUGAGGCCCCCUGCGAACAGCAGUGCACAGAUAAUUUCGGCCGAGUGCUGUGUACUUGUUACCCAGGAUACCGAUACGACCGGGACAGACACCAGAAGCGGGAAAAGCCAUACUGUCUGGAUAUUGAUGAAUGUGCCACCAGCAACGGGACUCUGUGUGCCCACCUCUGCAUUAACACCUUGGGCAGCUACCGCUGUGAGUGCCGGGAGGGCUACAUCCAAGAGGACGAUGGGAAGACAUGCACCAAGGGAGACAAAUACCCUAAUGACACCGGCCACGAGGAGAAGUCUGAGAACGCGGUGACAGCCGGAACCUGCUGCGCCACGUGCAAGGAGUUCCGCCAGAUGAAACAGACCGUGCUCCAGCUGAAGCAGAAGAUUGCCCUGCUUCCCAAUAAUGCCGCUGACCUGGGCAAGUAUAUCACCGGCGACAAGGUGCUGGCCUCAAACGCCUACCUUCCAGGACCUCCUGGCCUGCCUGGGGGCCAGGGCCCUCCCGGUUCACCGGGACCAAAGGGGAGCCCAGGAUUCCCUGGUAUGCCAGGUCCUCCUGGACAGCCUGGCCCGCGGGGCUCAAUGGGACCCAUGGGACCAUCUCCUGAUGUGUCCCACGUGAAGCAAGGCCGGAGAGGCCCUGUGGGUCCGCCGGGGGCACCAGGAAGAGAUGGUUCCAAAGGGGAAAGAGGAGCACCUGGGCCCAAGGGGUCUCCGGGACCCCCCGGUUCUUUUGACUUCUUGCUACUUAUGUUGGCUGACAUCCGCAAUGACAUCACGGAGCUGCAGGAAAAGGUGUUCGGGCACCGGACUCACUCUUCAGCAGAGGAGUUCCCUUUACCUCAGGAAUUUUCCAGCUACCCAGAAACCAUGGACUUGGGCUCUGGAGAUGACCACCCAAGAAGAACUGAGGCAGGAGAUUUCGGGGCCCCCACAGACGUUUAUCCAUAG